CCGCCGAGGAUGAGUGCGGGCUCCGGGCGGGAACCCCCUCGGAAGAGAGCCCGGCAGAACACCCUCAGCCCCGGUGGCCGCUCCCAGGGGGAGCGGUCGCCGUCGCCGCCGUCGCUCGGUUCCUGGCAGGAGGGGCCCGGGGGCAGCGGCCCCGGCAGCGGCAGCCCCGUCACCGCCGUGGGGAACAAAGUUUGUAAGCAGCGAACAAUUACCACUUGGCUGGAGAGUAAAGGACCCAAGACAACAGAGUCCAAAAGCAAAAUUAAUAACAAGACUGAAGCAAAUCCCAAGAUGACUUCCAUGAAAAAAGAGAACUUUUGUGAGCACGAUGUGAAAAAGCUGGAGAGUACUUGUCAGCAAAAUUAUUCAACAAUAUCUGUGGAAGUUGGUGCAAAGCCUGUAAGUCUGCCUCAGACAGGCAGCAUGUGUUACUGGGAGGUUGAGGAUAAAGAUCCAGUGUCAGACACAGAGCCUGGGAAGGGGAUGCAGUCUGAAGACCUCUUUAAAAAUGCCAACAUUGAACAGAUGCAUAAAAGUGGCACACAGGCCCAGAGAGGCUGUGAAGAAAGCAGUGACAAUUGGACUCAGGGGAAAGUAUCAUCAGACCAGCCUUUAAAAAUGGGAAAUACAGUGUCAAAAGACACUGAGACAGAUGGACAAAUAACUUCAUGCAGUCCACAGAAGCUGAAGACUUGCAGUUCUGUCUGUGUAAGAGGUGAACAAGAACAAGGGGAUAUAGUUCCAGAAAGUCCACUUUCAGAUGCUGGUUGUUGUGAUACUUGUGCACCUGAUCUUGGAGGGCCUGGAAAACUGAGCAUGUGUCAGAGCAGUUCAGGGGAUUCACCUGCUUUUGAGAAAGAAAGUGAACCAGAAUCACCCAUGGAUGUAGAUAAUUCUAAAAACAGCUGUCAUGGGUCAGAGGCUGAUGAAGAAACGAGUCCAUUUCUUGAUGAGCGAGAGGAAAUUCAUGUGUCAAAACCUGUGAACAAAUCUUUUGGGAUUCAGUAUGGGGGUGCUGAACUUGAGUCAAGAAACCCACUAUUUUCUGCCAAGGGUGGAGAAAGCUUUGAGGAAAUAGAUAAUUCUGUUAAAGUGGAUGCUCUGCCUACAAAGUCACCUGGGAUCUCUCCUGCUCCGUCAUCAGAAUACAAAGGUGUAAAACAGAGCGUGAAGAGAGACUCCAAAAUCACCUCCCACUUCAUGAGGAUACCUAAAAUUGAGGAGAAAAGCAGCAGGAAAGAAAAGUGUGAAUUCAAACCCCAGAGGCCAGGAAGGAAGAUUCACAAAUAUGUACCACCUCCACUUCCAACUAAUAAGAAAUGGUUUGGGACACCAAUUGAGGAGAUGAGAAGAAUGCCAAUGUGUGCAGCCCGACUUCCUCACCUGCGGCCCUCAGCCAGUCACACUGUUACCAUCAGAGUAGAUCUUCUUAGGGAAGGAGAGGUGCCUAAACCUUUUCCAACUCACUACAAAGAUUUGUGGGACAACAAACAUGUUAAAAUGCCCUGCUCAGAACAAAAUUUGUACCCUGUAGAGGAUGAGAAUGGAGAUCGAACUGCUGGAUGUCGAUGGGAACUCAUCCAAACUGUAUUACUUAACAAAUUUACUUGCUCCCAUGAUCUGAAGGAGGCUAUACUGAGAUACAAUGUUGCUUAUUCCAAGAAAUGGGAUUUCACAGCUCUUACCGACUUCUGUGAGAAGGUUCUUGAAGAUGCAGAGGCUCAGCAUUUGUUCCAGUCCAUUCUUCCUGAUAUGGUGAAGUUGGCACUCUGUCUCCCUAGUAUCUGCACCCAGCCAAUACCUCUACUGAAACAAAAGAUGAAUCACUCCAUCACAAUGUCACAGGAACAGAUCUCUAGUUUCCUGGCCAAUGCUUUCUUCUGUACUUUUCCACGUCGCAAUGCGAAGUUGAAGUCCGAGUAUUCUAGUUAUCCAGACAUUAACUUCAACAGAUUGUUUGAAGGACGGUCACCAAGGAAGCCGGAGAAACUUAAGACUCUUUUCUGCUAUUUUAGGAGAGUCACAGAAAAAAAACCUACGGGAUUGGUGACAUUUACAAGGCAGUGUCUCCAGGAAUUUCCAGACUGGGAAAGAUCUCAGAAAAAAUUGUCUAGAUUGCACGUCAGCUAUGAAGGCACUAUUGAAAGCAAUGGACAAGGUAUGCUACAGGUUGACUUUGCAAACCGUUUUGUUGGAGGUGGUGUGACUGGGGCAGGACUGGUACAAGAAGAAAUUCGGUUUUUAAUCAACCCAGAACUAAUUGUAUCAAGGCUCAUCACUGAAGUCCUGGAUCACAAUGAGUGUCUUAUCAUCACAGGUACUGAGCAGUAUAGUGAAUACACAGGCUACGCAGAAACUUACCGGUGGGCAAGAAGCCAUGAAGAUAAGACCCCAAGGGAUGAAUGGCAGCGACGCUACACUGAAAUUGUUGCUAUAGAUGCAUUUCACUUCAGACGUUUCCUUGAUCAGUUCAGUCCUGAGAAAAUUAGAAGAGAGCUCAACAAGGCCUAUUGUGGUUUUUCUCGACCCAAUGUUCCACCUCAGCAUCUCUCUGCAAUAGCCACAGGAAACUGGGGAUGUGGUGCCUUUGGAGGGGACUCCCGAUUAAAAGCCUUAAUACAGAUCCUGGCAGCUGCUGAGGCUGGACGUGAUAUUGUUUAUUUUACCUUUGGAGAUGCGGAGCUGAUGCGGGAUAUUUACAGCAUGCACACUUUUCUGUGUGAGAAGGGACAAACUGUUGGGGACAUUUAUAGGCUGUUACUGAGAUAUUACAAUGAAGAAUGCAGAAGCUGUUCUACUUCAGGACCAGAUAUCAAGCUGUACCCUUUCAUAUACACCACCAUUGAGUCCUAUGCAGAUUCUGAUGAUGAUGAAGAAAAAGGGUUGUGCUUUGAGGAUUAAAAUAAGUGUAUUUGAAUAGAAUACUGUUCAUCUCCUCCCACUGGUACACUGUGUGAUUUGCUGGGUAUAAUCUAUGAAUUGGCUUAAUAUAUACUGGAAUAUAUACUGGCUGCAUUGGUAGUUAUGUUACCCAAACAACAGAAAAAAAAUCAACUUGGAGAGAUGAGAUUGGUUUUGUUUAAUGGUUUCAUACAUGAAUAUCUUGCUCAUGUGUGGACAGAAAAGAUUCUUUAUUCUGGUUUGUAUUAUACCUUGUUAAGCAGGAUAUUUAGUACAUAUUUGUAUUUCAGUCAAGAGAUUGCAGAAAGCUGCCAGAAAAUUUCUCUGUGCUUCUUUGCCUUUAUUUUUCAGGGAUCUUGCCUAAAUUUCUCAUGUAAGCUUAGUGCUGGAGGACAGGCAGCCAUGUAACUCCUGGAAUACUUUAGAGAGAAGCAUUGUAAUGAUUGUUCUUACUGAGAAUUGUCAUAAUUUGAUUACAUCCUUACAUGGUAUCUUCAUUAUUCUUAACAACUUUUUCAUUCAUCUACCUUUGUGUCCUGGGUUAAAUCUGUUUUUUUUAAUAGCUGGUUAAAACUGCAAAAAAUCUGGAGGAGCUGUAAUACAUUUCACAACUGCAUUGUCUUACUGAAUCAAACCUAAAAGUCAGCGUGAAGGAGCAAAAUAAAAACAAGGGUGGAAGGGUGGGAAAAUGAGAAAUGUGACCAAAGUUAGGUGUAGAGGGAAACAAUUUGCACGUGAAAUGCUUCAAUACUUUUGUUGGUGCUAUCUGUUACAACACUGAACAAGGUCUUAGACGUGCUGAGUAUAUUUGAAGUUUCUCAAGGUUGACUUUUAAUGGCAACAUCAUUUGAAUUAAGGUCUUCUGGUUGUGUUUAUGUUGUCCUAUCCGUUCUCCUUUGUCACAGUGUGCAUACAUGUGAGUGUAAGAUCCCCAAGGGGUAAUGGGAGUCAAGAAAUGGAAAUCACUUACAUAGCAGUGGGAGGAAAGUGCAGGCUACAGGUAAAAACAUGAGGCCUUAUCAGAGGGUUGUUGUGCCUGUGCCUUUUUAGGCAUGGGAACAUUAAUGAUGCAGAGAGGGCAAAAGUUGUGUAAAAACUGUGCUAUUACUAUCUCUGUGAAUACCAAAUUAGUGUUGCUGUAGUACAUUAAUAGUUUACACAAAACUGCAGAUACAUAUGUGGUAAAACUUUUUGAGGUCUAUGUACAGGGCCAAUCCAAUGAAACAUUUGUCUAUUAGCUGUUUAAACCCAGUCUAAGUUUAAGCCCUUAUUGCUCAGUUUAGCCUCUUCUGUGUUCAUUUUUCUGGUCUGUCAUGGUUGCCAUUUACCAGUUUAGCAAUACAAGUAAAAAAACACAGCAGGAAAUGUAGAGCUAAGGCUCUAGUAUCAACAACAUCAGCCUUUUGGCUAAUGUCAGAUAAAACCUCCCCAGGCCUAAAACACAUGAUGGGCACUAAGUGCUGGAAGCUGUGGGCAGUCUGCCUUACAACAAAGCAUUCCCUGCUGGAGCUGCUCUGGUGGAAGACAGAACAAAGAAUUGGGGUCAUUUGUAAACACCCUCAGAGUGCUGCACCUUUGCAUUAAUGGUGUUUCUUGGAAGGUGACAAAUGCAGCAGUUUAAGGGUUUCUUCCUUCCCACCAGCUGUAGCUUUCCCCAUCAUCACUUACACUGAAAAGACUGAGGCUGCAAUUUCAGACCUUUCUCUGAGGCUGCAACUUGUGUCCUCAGAGUUAUCUGAAAUCUUUUUCCUGCUCCUGGUGUUUCAGUGUUAACUCACAUUUUGGCAAUCUGAAGAGCAAUGUUUUAUAAUAAGCUUUUUAUUUGGGCAUUUACAUUAAGCUUCUAGAUGAUGAUAAAUGUUCCCUGUUAAUUGAGGCAAGUAAUGGAAAUUGGUGCUAUCUGCCAAACCUUCUUCACCUUACUACUCAGGUUUUCCUAUAGAAAAGGUGAACAGAAUUUGUUCAUAAGUAGUUGGAAGAAAAUAUAGCAGAAAGCUAUAUAAGGUGGCCAGAUAUUACCCUCCUUUUCUUGUAAAUAAAUACAUCUUUAUUAGUGCAAUAUUAAUUUUCAUUGUGAGGGGAAGAAAUUUGUCAGGUAUGAAAAAUGUACCAAAAUAAGAUGGAAUAACUCCAUCAACUCUAGAAACAGAAAAAUAUAUUUUAACUUUGGAAGCAUUCUCUGAAGAUCAUAUUAUAGGGUGUCAAAUAAAGAGAGUUUUUGCAGUGUCAGAUGUCUGUUUCCAGGAUAAUUUCUACUCAUUUUAUGCAGUCUGUAUUUUCACUGAUGACUGAGAAUUUUCUAAUAUGGAGAAGAAUGCCUUUUAUUUCAUGUCAUUCUUUAGAGCAUGUCUCGCAUACCUUUUUCCCCCUAUGGAAAAUCUUUGGUUUUACAGACAGGAGAAAAGGAAAACAGCAACUAAUUUUCUGUUUAAUAUGUCAUCUGCAUAAGACUGAUUUAUCCAGCAUUCUGACAUGUGUCCCUGAUCUCACAAAGGGGCAAUGUUGGAAAAAAAACUGAAUAUGACUUCGAUCACAGACAAACUUAGGAUUGUAUUUCUCUUGAUUGUUUUGGGUUUUUUUAAAGCAAAAUAGUACAGUUUUUAAAAACUAUCAAUGGUGUUACAUUCCCAUGACUUUCUAAUUCAAUAAAGAGCUAAAUUGCCCAGAAUGCUGCAUAUGGAAGGAGGAAUUUUGCAUCAGCCCAAUACAUGCUCUGCAUAUUUCUUUUUUUUUCCCCCUCCACCAUUCUCUAUUUCUAAACGAUCAGAAACAUUUUCUCUAGCUAGAGAUGCCUUUUGGUACUCUGUGUGAAGUAUUGUGGAAUGGAGGUGUGGAUGAUCUCUUUGUUCAGCCUUGUAAGCUUCAGUUUCACUCUUCUAGGAGCCUGUUUAUGGAAUAUUCUGGUUUUUUGAGUUUUUUAUUACUCUAGGGAUGAUUGCUGUAUGAUUUCAAAUAAACGCUUCCUAUCAAAACUUUUGGUUUAUACUUUUUAGCAGUAAAUGGAAUGUGUAAUAUGACCCAACACCAGGCAGUCACACAGACUGCAAUGUUGCCUCACAGUCAAGUUUGAUGUCAGAGCACUUGUGUUGUUCUAAUGCUCUUGCACCAAACAUCCUCAGUUUUGAGGUGUCUUAUCCUAGUGAUGAGUACCCAUUACUGUAUAUAUAUUAAUUUAUAAGCUGUUGAUGUGUUCCUGACAUUCUUCUAAACUUACAGUUUAUGCACCAUUAUAUUAUAUUGAUUUUUUUUUUCCUGGAUCUGUAUGCUAAUGUUUACAUGAUUUUGUAGGAAUACAAGUAAAAACUUCUGAAGCAGU